AACGCUUCUCGAUGUGAACUCCAAGAAAUCCAUCUAUUGUUUCUUGACGAGAAUCUCCAUUCUCAAUCAUGUCCAGCACAUCAGACUGGCGCGCCCUCGCCGCCUCGAAGCGCGAGUCCGUCGCUGCCAAAAUCCCCGCUGAAUGGCGUCUCCCCAAGUCCUUCACGUCCCAGUUCACUCAAACAUCCCGCAUCAGCGUUCUGGACGUUCCGCGGAAGUCAGGCCUUUUGAAUGACCGGGAGCUGGAGUUGACGGAGAACUACGAUGCGACCGCGUUGGUAGAGUUGAUGGUUGCGGGGAAGGCGACAAGCUAUGAGGUUACGACCGCGUUUUGUAAGCGCGCUGCAAUUGCGCAGCAAGUUAUCAAUUGCUGCACCGAGAUCAUGUUCAACGAGGCACUGGUGAGGGCGAAGGAGUGUGAUGAGUAUCUGAAGACGAAGGGGAAGCCGAUGGGGAAGUUUCAUGGGUUGCCUAUUAGUUUGAAGGACUCCUUCAAUGUCAAAGGUGUCCAAAGCACACUGUGCUACGUCUCUUUCCUCAGCCAUCCUCCAGACACCGAGAACUCAGCCCUUGUCGACAUUAUUCUUAGUGAAGGAGCCGUCAUAUACGUCAAGACCAACAUUCCACAAACUAUGAUGACGGCAGAUUCUGAUAAUAACGUCUUCGGACGGACUUUAAACCCUAACAACCUUUCCCUCACGGCCGGUGGUAGCACCGGCGGCGAAGGUGCUCUGAUCAAGUUUCGCGGAUCCGUCUUAGGCUGCGCCACCGACAUCGCAGGAUCCAUUCGUCUACCAGCUCUUUGCAACGGCGUCUUCGGUUUCAAGCCCACCGCGCAGCGGAUUCCCUUUGCUAGAACAACACCUCCGGGCCGUCUUGGAAGCCCGUCGACCAUAUACCCAGUCAUCGGCCCGGAGGCGCACUCAAUUCGGGAUAUGCAUCUUUUCCUAAAGACGGUGAUCGACAACGAUCCCUGGGAGCUCGACGAGAAUGUCCUUGCUGUCCCCUGGCGAACUCUUACUCCGCCGUCCCGCCCAAUUCGACUGGGUCUCAUAAUCGAGGAUCCUAGCUUCCCACUGCACCCGCCCAUUCAGCGUGCCUUGCAGUCCGCGGCCACCGCCAUCAAAGAAGCAGGCCAUUUCAUCGUGCCCAUUCCGACGACCGAUAUACCCUCUAUCUACGAUGCAGCGGCGUUGGCAUGGAAGUUCUUCCUCCUCGACCCGCAGAAGACGGCUGUGAAGCAUGUUCAAGCGUCUGGCGAGCCAUGGGUGCCGUCUAUUCCAACGGUCACGUUCCCUCAAAAUCAUGGAUGGGAGCCGUCAUUAGAUAAUCUGUGGGACAUGAACGUGGAGCAUGCGAAGAUCCGGAAGGUGUUUCACGAUAUCGUGGUUGAGAAGAAGCUGGAUGUGAUUCUGAUGCCUGGAUAUCAGGCGACGGCUGUGCCUCAUGAUACUUUCGGAGUGCCGAUCUAUACGGUUUUGCCGAACUUGCUGGAUUAUCCCGCUGCUUCACUGCCGUAUUUGAAGGCGGAGAAGGAGCUGGAUAAGGACUUUGUACGGACGGACGUCACAUACGCACCGCCAUAUACGCCGGAAGCCGUCGAGGGCGCACCCUCCUCUAUCCAGCUCGUUGGAAGACCCAUGAAAGACGAAGAAUUGCUGAAUAUCAUUGAAACGGUCGGGGAGAUACUCAAGCUAUCGACCGAGUAGACUUUAACGAGAAAUGAUAUACACAAAGGAGCCACUGGCUCUCGACAUUCAUUGCUCUUGGCCGCAAGUUGCUAUGUAUGCCAUCCAUCGAAUAGGAGAGCACCUCUUGAAAAUUUAGAACAUUCAUAAUCAAGAAAACAGCUGAUACUCGACUGAUGUAUGUAUGCACGAACGAGACCUACUAACCUUUAGUAGAUGGCGCUGCACAUCUAUUCAUUUAUGCCGGUAUACGUUCGACUCUAGGAAUCACGUGGUUUUCAUACUACACCCUAUACAUGCAAGAAGACGCGAAGAAGAGGAAUUGAGGAC